UUGAUGCCUCAACACUCAGCUUUGGUACUCGAGUCAAAUGGUUUGCCAUAUGUUUUGUUGCUGGCAUUGUGUGUUCUAUUCUUGGAACAGCAUUGCUAUGGCUUCCAAAGGGGAUCAAACUUUUUGCAGUGUUUUACACACUGGGAAAUAUUGCUGCAUUAGCCAGUACCUGUUUCCUGAUGGGGCCAUUGAAGCAAUUGAAAGCAAUGUUUGAGCCAAAAAGAUUAGUAGCUACACUUGUGAUGUUGCUUUUCCUAGUACUGACUCUGUGUGCUGUAUUCUGGUGGAACAAAAAAGGUUUGGCGGUGUUAUUCUGCAUAUUGCAGUUCUUGGCAAUGACCUGGUAUAGUCUGUCAUAUAUUCCUUAUGCAAGGGAUGCUGUGAUUAAAUGCUUCUCAUCCUGUCUAGAGUAAAUUUAAAACAGGAACCACUGUAUACUUCAAAAGCCAACUUUAUUCCUCUGUGAAUUUUGCUUGGAAAACUAUACUUUUCCACUCAUGAAAUACCCAGUAACAAUGUAGUAUUGUCCUUGCCUUUUCCAUUGGGGGAUUAAAUAAUUUUUACUAGAAAGUUUUAAAAAUUAAUUGGGUGAACUGUUUGUGUUUACCCUGGAACUUCUAAGGUUGGUUUGGUUUUUUUUUUAACAAAAAGAGUACAUUUAAAUACUUUGUGCAGAGUAGUCUUAAAACUACCUUGCAUCCAGUAACAGUUUAUUCCCCAGUGGAGGCAAGCCACUAAGAUCUGGGUAGCGUGCAUAAAGAUUUAAUUUAAAGUUCUGUCUAAAAUUUUCAAUGUGCCAUUUAUGUUUGUAUAUUAUUCAUUGUGUGCUUUUCCAAAGACAGAGUUUUAUAAAUGUUGUAAAGAUUGGGUAAGUUAUAAUUAACUGCUCCUUUGAAAUGUCUAUACAUGUGCCUUAUGGAAAGAGCUUAAUGAGAAUAUGUGAAAGAUCUGUUUAAACCUUGUUAGAUUUUAUUAAAAAGCUAUAUUUUAAA